AUGGAAAAAUUGCGAGAGAUUGUAAGAGAAGGGAGAAGAGUGGCAAAAGAAGACCCAAGGAGAGUAGUUCACUCGUUUAAAGUGGGUUUGGUUCUUGCAUUAGUCUCUUCCUUCUAUUAUUACCAACCUCUCUACGACAAUUUCGGUGUCAAUGCAAUGUGGGCCGUUAUGACCGUUGUUGUCGUCUUCGAAUUCUCUGUUGGUGCCACACUUGGGAAAGGAUUUAAUAGAAUAGCGGCAACACUAUUUGCCGGGGGACUUGGAAUUGGAGCUCAUCACCUUGCGAGUUUGUCAGGUCGAACAGGAGAACCUAUUCUUCUCGCAAUAUUUGUCUUUCUACAAGCUGCUCUGUCGACGUUUGUGAGGUUCUUCCCGCGGGUGAAGGCGAGAUACGAUUACAGUCUGUUGAUAUUCAUACUCACCUUUGCGUUAAUAUCAGUGUCGGGGUUCAGAGAGCAUCAGGUUGUAGUGCUGACCCAUAAAAGAAUCUCUACUGUGAUCAUCGGAGGUCUCAGUUGUGUCCUUGUCUCCAUAUUUGUCUGCCCUGUGUGGGCCGGCCAAGAUCUCCAUUCUCUCCUCGCAUCCAAUGUUGAGAAACUCUCCUUCUAUUUGUUAGAUUUUGGGGACAAGUAUUGUGAAAUGGUAGAAGAUGGUGACACCAAAGAGGUUGACAAACGAAAAAAGGAUUUUGGCAACUACAAAAGUGUUCUCAACUCAAAAAGUAAUGAGGAAUCUUUGGCCAAUUUUGCGAAAUGGGAACCUGGUCACGGCCACUUCAGAUUCCGACACCCUUGGAAACAAUAUCUAGCUAUCGGUGAAUUAGUCCGACAAUGUGCUUACCGAAUUGAUGCUCUUAAUUCAUAUCUUAUUGCAGAUAUUCAGGUGUCAAUUGAUAUAAAAAAGAAAGUAGAAGAACCGUUGAGAAGAAUUAGCUUGGAAUCAGGCAAAGCGAUGAAAGAAAUGUCAAUUUCGUUAAAGAAAAUGAUCAAACCAUCUUCUUCCGACCUUCAUGUCCAAAACGCACAAUCUGCCUGCAAAACCCUCACCAGCUUACUUAAUUCAGGGAUCUUCAAAGAAGCUGAGCCACUAGAACUAAUCUCACUUCUGACGGCAAUCUCCUUGCUCACUGAUAUUAUUAAUCUGACCGAGAAAAUCUUGGAAUCUCUACAUGAACUAGCGUCAGCUGCAAAAUUUAAGAACAAGAUCGAGACGCCUGUUUUCGCCGAGAAGCCAAAUGCCAAAAGCAUUGUUUGUGGCCGGCCGACCAAAUGUCAUGAUGAUCAUGUGAUCACAAUUGUUCAUGAUGAUGGUAAAAAUGAUGAUACAUCAAAAAAAGAUAAUCUGUCGAAAGAGUUUACCAUCCAUGAGAAACAUGAAGAUGGUGUCACACAUGUACAUUCAAGCUGUGAGUCCUGUGGUCACACUAGUCUUCGUGUCGUUGUAGAACGUAGCUAA